AGGGGGAUUAGAUUUUCCAGGGAUCAUAGUAAGAUGGCGUCCAGUCGGAAAAGGAGUCUGCAAAAGCAGGAAGAAAGGAUGUCCGAGGAAGGCGAUAAAUCGGGCAGCGAUAGCGACAUGAGCGAUGUCGACAUGCAAGCGUAUACGUUUGUAGACGAUCCGAAUGUCCUGCGAAUUGCGAUCAUGGCUGAUCCCGAGGUUACACUGGGCUUUCUUCUGGCCGGCAUUGGCUAUCAAAAGGACAGGUUCCGCAACUAUAUGAUGGUGGAAAGCGAAACGUUGCAGGAGGAUCUCGAGCAGUUCUUUCUGUCGAUCUAUAGGCGGUCCAAUAUUGGCAUCAUCAUCCUGGAUUACAAUACGGCCAAAAGACUGCGCGCCCUGAUACAGCGAUGUCACCAACUGCUCCCCGUGCUGGUCACAGUGCCCAAUAAAUCCUCACUGACCACCUAUCUGGACAAAAAGGAUCGCAACCGGCGACUUCGCCAGCGGGACGCCUACUAGGACCUGGUAUCUGGAUGAUGGAUCUAAAAAUGCCCCCUUGCUCUGCCGCAAAAUUUAGAAAAUAAAUAGAGACAUUGAGAAUAUAUUUGUAGUAGUGGUCGCCAGGUUUUUUUGGUUUAAAUAUUUUAAAUUUGUAUAUAAGAAUAAGAUUUGUUUGCAAUCCCAUGGGGGAA